AUGGCUUUUUCGAAGCUGCAGCAGCAGUCCACGUCACAAACCAAGAUGGAGCUCAUAGCGGCCCAGGCGAAGAUCCUCGAGCUUAGCAAGGAGCUCUCGGAAGCUCACCGGAGGAGCCCGAGUUCAGAGUCUACGAGUAGCUCUUUGGGCAAGUCUGCCGCCGACCAAGGCGUCGAAGACUUGAUCCGCGAUCUUCGGCAGAGCCAGGAGGAGCUCAGAACGGCAGUGGAGGCCGCUGAGGCCUCGACCGGGGAAGCUGAGAAGGCGAAGUCUGAAGUCAACGUAGACAUGGACUCAGAAAGUAUCGAGACAUGCUGUCUCAGGGCUAUAGCCCAGCGGUACGGUGUGGGCCAUCUGCCCACGGAAGCUGCCAUGGUUGAGCAUGAAGGCGACGUAGAUGAAGGCCUCGUCGCCCUGCAGCGUGAGCUGGCUCUUCAGAGGCGGGUUUCAGAUUUCUGCAAGGAGAAACGGGCGGGGUGA